CGGCGCGUCGUGACGCGACCGCGGCGAAGCAGUUGAGUGCGUACGCCUCGAACUCCGUGGUGAGGAACUGCGAUGAGGCUGACUGUGAGGCGUCUGGUGAUGGGUGUGGCUGUCAGUGCUGCCACCUGCGGCCUGCUGCUGCUGUGUGUCAGUAGAGGGAAGCCCGUGCAGGACACACACCAGCACCUGAUAGAGGCAGAAAUAGAGAACAUUCAGCGAAUAAGAAGAAUAGAGGAAGUAUGUUAUAAGCACAAUCUUGGCUUGUAUAAACACACAGAUGAUCCACCAAAAUUAAUACAUCCACCUGCUCCACAGUAUGGCGUAUUCUACAUUGACAGGAAACACAAUAUAUCGUGGUGUCCCUUAUAUAAAGCAGCAUCCACGACAUGGUUAUAUCACUUGAGCUUAUUGGCUGGAUAUUCGGAGGAGCAGAUAGUGAAAAGCCACAGGCAACUAAGUGAAAUUGCCAGAGAAGCUUACCCAGAGCUGGACUAUGAAGAUGCCGAAAAGGCAUUCUUGACAACACUAAAGUUAUUAGUUGUUCGUCAUCCAUUCUCAAGAAUUCUGUCUGCUUAUCGUGAUAAACUUGAGAAUAUGCAAAUUGGUGCUGAGCAUGGAACGAAACAUUACUACCUGCGCUACGGAAGACAAAUAGUAGCCCGUUACCGACACGGAGGUAACUCGACUAAAACUAUGAGACUACUGAAACCAGGGCAGUACAUGAGAGAUGCUGCACUACCAGAGCCUGUUGGCAUUGAACCAACAUUUGAGGAAUUUGUAAGGUACCUCCUGGACACUGACCUUUCACAGUGGGCCGAUGACCACUGGAUCCCUUACUACUUGUACUGCACUCCGUGCCUCCUGAAAUACGAUGUGGUGGCUAAAGUGGAGACACUGGUGCGUGACCAGGAGUUCGCCCUCCGCAGAGCAGGACUGUGGGGCCUCGUGAAGCCACAGUGGAGGCACAGAGCAGCUGUAGGGGGUGGUGCGGAGGCUGAGAGGAGGUACUUCUCGCAGCUGACAAAGGCACAAGUUGAAAGACUGUACGAGAAAUACUGGCUCGAUUUUGAACUGUUUGAUUACUCUCCAGAGAAGUAUGUCAGCUAUGCUAGGUCACAAUAACUGUUCACAAGAAAGAAAUGCUCUCCCCAAUAUUUGAUGUUGCUGACUUCCAGUUAUAUUGCAAAAUGUUUGUUUUUUGGUCAUAUCCUAACAGGCAGGAAUGUGCAACCAGCAGCAACAAAAAUAAAACAUUCUGCCACAAAAUUUAGACUCUUUAAUUGUACGAGGUUAUUCACAAAUACCUCCCGAGUUUCAGAAAAGAACUGUGUGAAAGCUACAAUAAGUACAGAAAAUAGACACAAAUGAGUGUAUAGAGGAUCUCUCUGAGUUUUAACACACUUUACAAGGUGCUCAGUAGCAGCAUCAUUUCUGACACAGCAAAUGUCUAUAUGAUAAUCCAAAUAUUGGCAUACACAAUCCAAAAUGACACAGUCAAUAUCUGUCUCUCCAUUAAUUAUUCUUCUUAGGAACUCUUCCAAAUUAAAUGCCAGUGGCAGCAAAGUCACACAAUAUUUGAAAUAACCCCAUAAAAAUAAAUCACAUGGAGUGAAGUCAGGUAAACAUCAUUGCUACUGAAGAAGAGGAGUCACAAUGGGAAACAUGCUGGAUCAGGUGUUGAAGCAUUUUGGCAUUAAGGUGAUCACACUUGUGUGUAAUGCAGCAGACAGUUGACUGUGGUACCUGCAGUUCCCUGCUUGCAUGUGUUGUUGACUUCUGCCACCUCCCAAUGAGUGACUUCUGCACACGCUCUGCCUUCUCUGCCGACGCUCCAUUAUAUACUGUAUUUGAUAUGCCUCCUGCUUAUUGCUGCCCUCUUCGACUAGGCCACAUUGGGAAGAGGAGGAGGAGAUUAGUGUUUAAUGUCCCAUCGACAAUGAGGUCAUUAGAGCACAAGAUCGGAUUAGGGAGGAUGGAGAAGGAAUCGGCCACACUAUUUCGAAGGAACGAUCCAAACAUUUGCCUGAAGCAAUCCAGGGAAAUCACAGAUGACCUAAAUGAGGAUGGCCGGAUGCAGGUUUGAACCAUUGUCAUCCGAAUGAGAGUCCAGUGUGCUAACCACUGUAUCACCUCACUUGGUAUGCUACACUGAGUAUUAUGAAUUGAAACUUGGAGAGAUGCUGUAUCCAGUUAUGUGUUUCAUUAUUUUCUGAAUGUCAAGUAGUUUUUCCAUUGUCAUCUUCUGAAACCUGAAAGGUACUUAUAAAUAACCCUGUAUAAAUGCAUCUGUUGUUUAUUGGUGUGUACACUUCUCAGUACCAGCUAAUAACAUAAUGGCUAAACCAAAGAAAAACUUUACUGAAGGGGAGUGAUAUUCCACUUUUGAUUUUUUGAACUGAAACAAAUAAAGACUUACAUACAUACACUAGUAAAGAAAGAAUAUAAUUUAUUUUAAAACUGUAUCACAUUGUUACUUUUUCCCUCAGUAGAUGCUGCAAUGAACAGUUUGUCAAGUUAAGUGCAUGUGUCAGUGUUAGACUGAUACCCAAGAUCAAGCUUUUGUGGGGAAUAUGAUACCAUUUGAGCACACUUCACAGGCUGGCCCCAAGCUUCUACAACCAGAGGCUUCUACAGACUCCUUUUAAACUCCAUAUAAGUUUUACACAAACAUAAAAGACUAACACCCUUAUGAUGAAGGUACAGGAGAGUCUUUGUAACAAAGGAAAUUUCAAGUGAGAAAGCUAAUAAAUUAUGAGAUAGAACUGCUGUUCAGUUCUUAGCUUCAUGCAGCAAAAUGCAUAGUAUUGCUGAUAAACACAUACAUAAAAGUAUAGCUUUCAGAACUGACAGACAAUAUUAGUUCCAAAAGUUAGGGGGUGUCUCACUUGUACUUCUGUGUGUGUCUACCAGCAGUUCUGCACAUUUCACCUCAUGAAGGUGACUAAUGACCUGCAACUCUGUCUCAGAAUUUAAGAGUGAUUUUAUAACAUCCUCAGUGACAUUCCUAAGAUGACAUAGUUUUACUGGUUAGUAGAGUAAUGAAAAGUUAUAACAAGCCAAGGUAUGGAGAGAACUAACAGUGAGGCAGUGAGUGAAUCGGUUCAUGAGAUGUGCUCAGGGCUCUGGGUGUGAGCCUCAUGUGGCACACCUUUCUUUGAUUGUUACAAAUGUUCAACUUUUUGAAGAGAUUAUUUAAAAAGAAGCACUACAAUACAGUGUUAUUCAUGAGUACCUCUGCAGUUUUAGAAAACAAUUACUGGAGGACUACAAGACAUACACAAAACAGAAACAUUCCAAUGGAUCCAGCACAUCCCCAAGUUUUAAUUCAUAUUACAGACACUCAAAAUAUGCACCAUUUGUGAUGCAGCAAAGAUCAAUAUGUGGGUACAGUUAAUUGAACUGUCUGCCACUGCCUGGGAAGACACAAUGACAGUGGCCCAUUUUAGGAAAUCUGUCCAUUGCGUUGCCUCUGAGCAGGUGCCACUAGUUCAGUAUGACAAUAUUUGCCUGCAUGUCCUGACAUGCCUGCCUCUAGAGGUGCAACUGUACCACAGCAUCUGUUAUGUAUGAAGCUUGGAGAGAUGCUCUGUCCAAUGAUGGGUGCCAUUUUUUCCAUGUCGUGUAGGUUUUGCACAUUCACCUUCUGAAAUCCUGAAGGUUGUUAUGAAUAACACUAUAUCAAUAACAAGAUGUUUGUUGCAAAGAAGAAGCAAUGAAUAAUGAUAGAUAAGGGAGGUAAAAUAAAAAAAAAGUUUAGGAAAAAGAGGAAGAAAUAAAUUUUCAGAUAAAGAAAAGAACAGCAGAAUGGAAAACAAAACUGAAGCAGUUAAAGUUCUGGAAAUUGUUUCACUAUAAAAUAUAGUAGAACAAUGUCACGAUACUGAGGGACGAGAGGAAGAUGACAGACAUACUAGAAAAUACAGGAGAACUGAAGAAAGUGUUUAACUAUUCAUUAGCAUCCUGGAAAGAAUAUGUAGGAAAGAGCUGGUAGAAUGUAAAUAAUUUUGGGAGUAAAGGAGAUCACUUACUGAAUAGCAGAAGCAUGGGGUCUUUCACAGGCAUACAUAAUAGAGAAAAAAACUGCUAUUUUUCAGAAUCAAUCAUAAGCCAGAGUACACACACACACACACACACACACACACACACACACACAGUACCACCUGGGCACACAGUGUGCAUCUAACCAGCACUACAUAGGGGCAUAGGUAGUUUGUGUGAGUG